AUGGGCCCAGGCCGGGAGACUUCGACCCAGCUGAAGAUCGUCCCUGCCUUUUAUAGGUAGGAGGCGGUCUUCCCCUGCGUCUCUGGCCUCUGCCAGGGGCAUUACUUCACAGAAGUUUCUGUUCGAGAUUGUUGGGAAUGAAGACAUUUUUUGGAAAACAUGGUCUUAGAGAUUGAAAAACAAACGUUGAAUUUUUCCUAGGAAGCCAUUUCAGUUUUUUUUUUUGAACUCUUCAUCCUUGCACUCGAUUUUCAAUUACUCUCAACACAGUUUAUGCCUUUUUGGUAUUAAAACACACGUAAUCAUAGCGAAAACAUAUUGAUACAUAGAAAGUAAACGUUCAAAAGUAAUAAAACAUAAUCCGUUUCUCAAAGAUGUUUUCAGAUAUCUCGUUCAAAUCGGCGACCAUGACGCAGCUUGCACGUCGAUCCAGUACUACUUCAAGUGCUCUCAGAACAAGGCCAACACCUAUUUAUACGAAAUCAAAGAAGAGCAGAAGCAGAACACGAGAAGGUUCACGAUGAUGGACGUCGUCAAAAAACGCAGUCUUCGGAGCAAAGCAAUCAUCGGCGUGGUCGUGACCUUUGCCAUGUCUUUCAGUGGUGUUGCUGGUGAGUUUUAAAAAAAAGUGCAUCAAUUUUUAUUUAUUCAUUAGACUUGAAAAAAUUAAAUUAUGCUUUUUUCAGUUAUCAACGCCUACGCUUUCGAAAUCUUGAAGGACACUGGUCUCUCCGUUUUGGAAGCCUCCUUCGCCAACGUUGGAAUCGCCAUAGUAUCAAUGGUUUCAUUCUUUUUGAUCAACUCCAUGAAAAAAAGUCUGUAGAUCGGCUGCAUGGUCGCCUCGUUGGUCAUCGACAAGUUCGGAAGACGUCCGAUGCUUUUGGUCGCGUUCACUGGAAUUCUUUUCUGCAACAUUGUUAUCGUUGCUCUGAUGUACACAUUCGAUAGCUACGGGGUAAGUUUCCUUUCCUAAAUAUUUUGAGAAGCUUCUGAAGUACUAAAAAGUUUGUCUUAAACUUCGGAAUGAACAGGCGGAAACCUAAAUUUAGAAAACUUCAUUUGAAAAUAAGCGUAUCGAAGCUGAAAAAAGCAGACGUCAAGUAACCCGAUUACAGGGUCCUGAACGGAAAAUUUCACAAAUAGAAAAAAAAAGACAAAGCAUUUCCUUGAUAAGAAAGGAUUAUUGUUGAUUACAAAGAAAAAGCUUCAAUUUUUUUAUCAAUAAAUGAGGUAAUCAGAUUAAGCGAUUCUUUUGAGAGAAAUUCUGAAAAAUGAAAGGUUCUUAACCUCAUAAACUGAAGGAAGCAGGAAAGGAUUUCUCAUCUUUGAAGAAUGAUUGACGUUUUGAAUUAUUAAAAAAUGAAUAAGGAAAAAAAAAUGAAUGAAUACGAUUGCAAAAUUAUUUUCAGUACCAUGUCCUCGGGUUCUUGCUCAUUUUCUUCAUUUGCGUCUUCAUUGUAUUCUUCGCGAUUGGACCUGGUCCGCUGUCGUUUUUCAUCAACGCCGAACUAGUCGGUCAGGCGGCGAGAAGCGCCUCGCAGAGUUGGGCCAGCGUCGUUCAGAUGCUCUCGUGAGUUUGAAGCACCAUUUUUGAGAAAAAAGCCCUCAAUUAUUUUCUCGAAAAAGAUAAAUCCCCUGAAAGUUUUCGAAGAAUCCAUACAUGGGCAAACAACUUUUAAAGGCCGCUAAGCCUUCCUUCAGAGUUUUCGUAAAUUUUUAAAAGUGUGUACCAUCUCCCGAAGUUAAAACUUCUAUUCAUUCAUGUCACACCGUCUCCCUGGACUUGGAAAUAACUUCUAUAUAGUGAGUCCGCCGCGACUUGACAGUUUUCGAGUGUCUGCGUCUCUCUGUUCCCUCACCGGUGAGGUCAGAGAAAUGUGAAAAUUACACGUCAACCUGAGAGUCGCCGAGAGACGGGGAGGGCGCAGAGAAGUCACCUUGCGAAAAAAAGACUAAACCUAUUUUUUCAAGUUUUUUAAGUCAGGCUCUCCUCCUGGAUCAAUUGAGUUCUGUACUUGCCCUGUAUAAAUGAAUCUGAGAGAAUCUAGGCAAAAAAGAUAUUUUUAGACGUUUUGCCCUGGUCACAGCGUUCCUUCCGAUGAAAAAUCAGAUUGGAGAAGCCUGGGCCUAUGCGAUUCUUUUCAUCGUACCUGUCGCCGUUUCAAUCAUUUACCUCUAUUUUUCGCUUCCUGAGACGAAAAAUAAGGACGCGAAGCAGGUGAGAGAUCAUUGCGAUGAGUCAUCAAAAAAACGCUUGGAAGACACUUUCUUUUUUCAAUUUCAUUCUUUUCUAUGCUCUCCUCUUCGAAGUUACCACUUUGCACCGUUUACCCAUUCCCUCUGCGACCACGCGGCUCUUUCAAAUGCUGUAAUCUCAAUCGUUUUAGGUAGCAGAAGCGAUCAAUAACUUGCCCAGAUUCCCCUUAUGCCGGAAAGACAAAAUCGAUACGGAAAUGGAGACUUUUGACGAUUACGAGUACGACGAAAAGUUUUAGAGAAAUCAUCCUUACCCAUGUUUUUUUUAGCAAAUUUCAAACGAAUGUGACGCGUACCGACCGUUAUGGAACCUUCAAUAGUUACGAUGAUAUCUUAAAAGGCGUAGUUAGAGCUUCGUAGUGAUGUUUUAGGGAAAAACUAGUAAAAAGCUUUUUUGUAAAUAUAUUUUUGAAUUUUGGCGUUGUCGGAAAUGUUCAUAUUCGGUUGAUAUGUUUUGUAUCCUAUUCUUCCCCUGUUUCUUCGAAUAUUGUUCAAAUUUCCUCAUUUUUGCGGAUUUUCAUCGCAUAUGGAAGUACAAGACGUGGUAAUCUCAAAUGUUAUUUUUGUUUCCUUUUUUUUUUAUUCAAUUUAGAUGUAAUUUUCUGAAAUCCUCAAGAGCUUAAAUCAACAUAACUCUAUAGCUGAUUCACGGCUGGCUUGAGCCAUCGAAAAAGGAUCUUGACACAAUAAUAAAAGAGACAGUGCCUGGUUGAUGGAGAGCACAGACACUCCACGCCCCCUCAGCGCCCCAAGUGAACCCUGAAUCGGCUAUAGCUUUCUAAGAUUUUCUCCUUGGAGCGGAAGUCUCCAAAUAGGUUAAAAUUCAAUUCAAGUCAUUUUCGUCGUCACUCUUUACGAAAUUGGCUUUUUGUUUACCAACAGAGGAAGUUCGAAAUAAAUGGCAAUUCACAUCGUUUGAGUCAGGACUAAAAAAAAUACAGCAAGUUCUGAACAUUAAAAAUCAGCUUUGGGACUGCUACAAAUUAAGGGUUUUUUCUCUGAAAAAACACAUUUAAUCAAACAAAAAACACACACAGUUAAUGAAGAGAACACAAAAUAUCGCAAUCCAAAUCGAAACCUGUGUAAAAUCAUCAUUUUUCACCAGAGAAGCAUUUUUUCGAUCAACGUUUGCAAAUUAUACAUGAAUACAAAGCUUUUGUGACGAAAAAAACUUUGGUGACAACAGAAAAAAAAUUGAAAAUUGAAAGAAACGAAGAAAAAAGCGAAAACCCGAAAAAUCGCGAUACCUGUUGUCCAUAGAGCGACUUUACUGCGAAACGCCAUUUUGGCGGGAACUCAAACUUCCGUCUCUCCGACUUCGAAUUAUUUUUUCUCCAAAGCUACGAAGUUCGAUACGUUUUCAAGUUUGCUGUUCGAUUCGCAAUGAAAAACUCUACAAAGUAGUGCUUUGAACUGAAACACCGUUUUUUUACUGCUCCUUUGCCUUUAAAGUCUGCUCAUCCCGUGUUCUCACUAAAAAAGUACAGUAACUAAACCAAAUACAACUUUUUCCCACUUCAAAGUCACAAAAUUGAGUCAAAACGCAGAAAUUUGUGGUUUCUGCCCUUCUCGGUGUCGUAUUCCCAGGCAAGCUCAGACUCACAGUAUGCUGCGCGGGAGCACAAAUCUUCAAAACGAGUCAGCAAAUAAAACAGUUUCUUUUUCUCGGCAAAAGAUCUAUAUGUAUCACAGUAAACACGCAAACAACACGGGUUUCCCUAUGUUUUACAAAAAGUGUAACUAUUUGAACAGUUGCGAGGAAGUACUACAAAUGAAUUUUGAACCUGUUGGACCGGCGGUUUUUUGGCACGGGUUUCUGGGAUGCCGUUUCAUUUCUUGUUUGGUGAAAGCUUUGGAAAAUUUCUUGGUUUAUUCUUUUUGGCUGAAAAAUUUUGGUUUACUUUUUUUGAGCCAGAAAAAUCGGAAUCUACAGCGUUUGUCAAUCCAAUUUUCUGAAAAAGACAUACUCCAAAAUAUAUUUUUUCAUUUCUAUAAUACUCUCUGCAAAUAGUGUUGUCUGAUUCUUUUUUCAUUGAAAUUCAAAUACAAACAUGAGGAGAAUCUUCGUAUAAAUCGCCAUGUUAACCGCUCGUAAGUUUGUUUAGUUUCGCCCUGGUUUCCUACCUUUUUGAACGAUUUUUCUUCUCAACUUUCAACUUUUUCUUCUCAAUGAUAAAAUUCAAGUUAUUUGAAAAUUUCCAAGAGCUUUGGAUUAAUUCGGAAGCUAAAUCUAAGUUACGAGGAAAUAGAUUAUUCAGAACUUGUUGUUUUGAUGAUUUUAAUAUUUUUACAUAAUUCCACUUGGAUGCACUUUUCCGAAAAGUUCGUUGGCUCAGUUUACCUAACAUACCUGUUUUCACUCCAUUCCUCAAAAAUCCGUUGGAAAUAAUAAGUGGUCACCCAUUUUCGUACACUCUUUUGCUCAUUGUUUCAGGAGCCGUCAUUCUUUUUUGUUCAAAAGUAAAAAUCUGAGUCAUCAGACCAUAAUACAUGAAAGAACAUCGAAAUUCCGUCUCACAUCAUCUAAAUUUCGUUUUCCCUGAAUUUUUUCUGUUAAUCGAAAACCUAUUUGUUCAAGGUCCAUUUAAUCCUGGUGUAUUAAACCAACGUUUUUUCUAAUCUCCAAAUACCCAAGCCGAACAGUAACGAAGCGAAUUCUAUCGAUAUGGAUUCUGUUGAGUCUACUGAAGAAUCACAGUGUUGGUUUAUUUUUCAAAAAAAAAGUAUUUCUUAUGAGAGUUUUUAUAGUCUGUGUGCCACGACUUGAAAUUUCCCCGAACGACAUUCCGCUGUUCCGCUGCGUGCGUUCGCUAAGCGUUUUUCGAAUCUACGCCGCAAUUUCGAUUGAUUGUUAUUGCUGUGGCAGCACAAGAAAGUAGAGUACCUUAAUAAAAAAAAAAAAGUUAAACCAAGGUUCGCAUAGGCGCGCCGCGGCACAGCGGUGAAAUUUCAAGUCGCGGUACACAGGCUAUAAUAAAAGUAUACUGUGGUCUAUUUUCUUUCUCCCAAGUAAGGGAUGCUUCUUUUUCAGACUUCCGCGUGUCAAGAAAAACUGACAGGAACUUACUCUUAUUGAUUUUUUUUUUUGAAGAUAUACUCCCUGCUGAUGAACCAUCGAAUUUUGAAAGACAGUGGUUUAUUCAGCAAAAUACGACAAAGACGAUGAACAGCCGAAAACUCUUUGGAAGCUCGUUGUGAUCACUGGAAUUGUCUCAUUCCUUACUUCUAUUGAAAAUACAGUCCUUGGAGUCAGCGAAUGGCCAUAUCUGCAAUUGGUAAGCGAUUCGAUGAAAAGGACGACGUCAUCGUCCAUAAUUCAGAAUGACCACAAGGCAACAGCCGACUUUUUUGGCGUCGCCAGCGCCUGCGCCAGGGGCGCCCACGCCGUCUUUUCUUUGCUUUUCUCCUUCUGGAGCUUCAAGUUCAAAGCUAUCAAGUAAAUUGGUUACCAUUGAAAAAUAUCUAUCAUAAAAAAUUGCAUUUUUAGAUUGCCUCUUAUAACGGGUCGAAUUGUCUGCAUAGUUUCAUGUCUUUUGUACAUAUUCGCUCCAGAAUUUCCCAACAAUCGAAGAUAUGCCUACCUCACGUGUUAUAUUCUUUUCUCCAUUGGAAGCAGUGAGUUUCUCCCGAUCAUUGAUCAUCCUAAUUUUUCUCAAGGUGCUGCCACAAUUCUUCGGGCCUAUGUUGUCGCAAUAUCAACGCCUACAGAUCGACCUAGAGCCAUUGCGGCGACAUCUUUGGCCAACAUCCUUUCCAUUGUGAUAGGACCAAGUACGGAAAAGUUAAUAAUUUAAUCAGACGAGCCACAUUUUUUUUUAAAUUUAAAACUUCUCGAUCAAAGAUUGCGCCAUCAAUUUGCCAGUGACGUCUUUUUUUCGUUACUAAAAAAAUUGAAUUAAUUAAUUUUUUUGUAAUUAAUUUUUUUGGUUUUUUUAUGGUUUUUAUCAUCGAUGAUUGGAUCAAUGACACGCUCUAAAAUCUUUGCCGGUUUUGUCAAAUAUAUCCCUCACGCGUGGUCGAUUUAUUCUCUUAAUCAUAAUACAUUCCGUGACAAAAACGGUUGUUCAGUGGAAUAAUCUAAAAUUUGCAGGAAUAUACUGCUAAAAGUUAAUUUUUAAAUCGACUUCUGCGAAAAAAGUAGAUUUUCCAAGUUUUUUUAAAAAUAAUCAGUGAUAUUUUUGCCUGAAGCUUUUUCCAUAAUACUUUUUCUAUUAUUUGAAUUAAAUUUUUUUCAGCUGUGCAAUUGGCAUUUUCGGCGAUUCCCUACCCAGGAGCUCACGUUUUCAGUCACGUUUAUUUGAACGUUUUUACUGCACCAGUCUGGUUCGCCUUUUUCGUGAACUUUGUCACGUUUCCGUUCAUUAUCUGGGGCUUGAGAACGAUCGAUCAACCUCACGAUGAUAAAGGUAAAUUCACAUGUUUGUUUUAGAAAAUAUUAUUUCUUUUUCAGAAGAUGAAUCAGUUUUCACUUGGCACGGACUCAAGCGUAAGCUUCGGCAAGUUCAGGAUGCCAACUUUGACUGGAUCAUCGUCGUUUUGUGCUGGUUCAUGAAGAUUUCGCUGACUUUUUCUGCAUCCAUCUUUUUAUCGUAAGUUAUAUGUGCUUUUCGAUCUUUUGACGGGGAUUUUUUCAGGCUAAUGUCGAUAAUGGUGAUGGUUCAGUACGGCUGGGCAGGCACGAAAACCGUCCGAGUUCUUUCUGGGACACUUGGAGGCGUUGGCAUCCUUGCCAGCUUCAUUCUCAUUGGAUAUAUGCUCUUAAAAAGAGCCAAAGUGUUAGAAACUGCACUUUUUUUUUUGAAAAUGAUUUUUUAAUUUCAGGCUGCCUCAAAGGUACAUUUUCUUGUGUUCUCUGCUUCUUUCUGUGGCCGUUUUUUGGAUUACUCAUCCUUGGAAGGGUAUCAGUGAGCCGGUAGCACAGUUUAAUGGUUAGUCUUGUCUGUUUGAUAUUUAAAAUUAAAAAAAAAACCCAACGGUAUCGUCAAAAAGCUGUGACACUAUAUAAUCAGCGGUCUUUCUAAUAGUCUUUGUCAACAGUCAGACGCAAAAAUUUUGCAUUGAAGAUGGAUUUUACGCUUCGAAACCGUUUCGAAGGCUGCUCAUGCAACUUUUCAUACCCCAUAAAGAAUUUGAGAAUGGGCUUGAAUAAAUAAAAAAAUAAUUGAACGAUGAAUAAGUCUAUUUUUCCUGCAACAAGCCAGGCAAACGAAUAAUAAAGUUCUUUCUAAAGUCAAAUGCGCCUUCCUGCCGAACGACUUUUCAAAAAUUUCAUACCAAUUUUUGUUUUUUUCUUCUUUUUUUCUUUCUCUAUAAGAAAGCCUUCUUUUUUUCUUCUACCCCCUAAUCGGGUUCUCUCGUAGAAACCACACUCUCCGGCUGUUCUCCAAAGCAGUAUCAUUGGUGCGACACGGCCUAUGCCGUCCAUCCGGUCAUGCUCCUUGUUUCUCUUGUUGUAAUCUACGGAAUCGGUUAUCCUUGCGGCACAGUGGCUCUCGAUACAAUUUAUUCGAAAGUUCUUGGACCGAUCGAUCAGGUUCAUUGAUUUGAAAAACGUUAGAAAGGAAAAAUUUUGUAGAAUUUGAUGCAAGGAGCCCUCAUUGUUGCUGAUGAUGUUUCCAACAUCUUCACUCCGAUUUAUGCGACGUAAGUGUAAAAUUAUUCUAAAAAGUGAGAGUUUCAGAAUUAAAAGUACUGUUUUACACGGCGUUUUUGUCAGUGGAAGAAAAUGCGAAACCAAAAAUACGGUUGGGGGCAUAUUAAAGGCGUAGGAGAUCACAUUGCCAGAGGUCUUUGAAACGAAUCACAUUCCCACUACAUAAACGCAAUUUUUCUGCGCGGAAGCGGCGCAGUGUAUGCACACGACACACGAAACUUUACGGAGAAAAAGUGCGCGUGGCGUCGUAAAAUAAAAACCGUGUUUAGAAAAUCAAUUGACAUAAUUCAGAAACAUGUUCACAAAAUUUGGAAUUUCUACGUUGUGGUACGCGAACGGCGGCGUUUUCAUCGUUGUUACUAUUAUUUGGAUAGUAUUCCUGCCAAGAUUGAAGCGAUUCCCUUGA